AAAUGGCGGACCUUGAAAGUUCUCUGACAGCAAUGGACUGGCUCCCUCGAUUAACCGUCGGGGGAGCAAUGGCAGGCAGUAUUAACAAAGAUGGUAGUGUUAAUACAAAGACACAGGGUGGGAAUAUUGCCAUGAGAAAGUCUCCACAUUCACCUUUGGACACUAAUGCGACUCUUGACGAAAACGAUGGUGUCACACACAGAGAAGGAAAACCACCAUAUUCAUACGCAAAUUUAAUAACAUUUGCUAUUAACAGUUCUAAUAAAAAGAAAAUGACACUCAGUGAGAUUUAUCAGUGGAUUUGUGAUAACUUUCCGUAUUAUAAAGAGGCGGGCAACGGAUGGAAAAAUUCCAUUAGACACAACUUAUCACUGAACAAAUGCUUUCUCAAAGUUGCUAGAUCAAAAGAGGAUCCUGGGAAGGGUUCAUACUGGGCAAUAGACAGUAAUCCACAAGAGGAACCUUUACCUAUCAGACAGGCCAGGAAGAGAAAAUUCGAGAUGUCAAGCCCAUACAGUCCUGAGUCUGGUCACAGCAACUCCAGUAUGGGUUCUCCGUCCCCAGCCCCUAAUAGCCAGGCCCCGAUCUCACAGGCACCAAGCCAAACCCUGGGCCAAAUAUCACAAGGUUCGUUUAUCGAAAACAAUUCUCACUUAGAAACGGACCUUGGCGCUUCGUUUAGAAGUCUCUAUAAAAUGCUGGACACGCCAGCAGGAAGCUCCGUACCUCAACAUCAGAAUGGUUUAAAUCUAGGAAAUGCUUCACUGGCUCAGUCAACCGGUCUUGGCCUUGACCUUCUACAAAACCUCGACACCUUAAAAGAGAGCCUUCGUCUUGCUAGCACGGGGACAUAUAAUUGGCAGGAUAUCGAUAUCUCACAGUUUCAGGGUUUGGUGGACACCAUGAAGGCAGGGGAAAGCACGAAUUGGUCGUUCAAUCCGGAACAGUUUGCUGACUUGGCAUCAUCUCUGUCAUGCUUUUUCAACCAGACGAAUAACUCCCCCCGUUCACAACACACCUACGACUUGAAUUCAGGCCAAGGAAAUCCGAUGUUUAAUGGUCAUGGUAAUGAUCUGUUGUUGAAAGUGCCCGACACAUUGUCCGGAAUAAGUCCACAGGUGUCUCCAGCAUCUACGACGGACAGUUUUGUAUCUGGCCGGCCUAGAGUUGAAGUACAGCGGGUAUAUAAUUCCCCACCACCUGCACACAUUUCAACUGAUGAUAUUGAAGAAGAUUUUACAGACUGGGACAAGUUGUUAUGAGAUAAGAGUGCAGUUUUACCUGUGAAAAACAUGAAACCAGUCAAUAUGCAGACUGGAACAAGGUGUUUUGAAAUGAAAGUGCAGUUUCAACUGUGUAACAUAUGUAACCAGUCAACAUGCAGCUAAAUAUAGCACACUAUUGCCUAAUAUAGAUCAUUUAAAGCUUUGAAAGUCAUAAAGAAAGACUGCUUUGCAAAAAUGGUACUCAUGGCUGUGCUUUUGGUAUGAAUGACUUAAUUGGUUGACAUUAUCAUAAACUGGUAUACCAUAAUUGCCAGAUGUACACCAGAGAACGGACUGGUUAAUGAUAUCAUGUGAAUUGACAUAUCUUCAAUAAGUCUGGAAAUUGUAACCAUCAUCAUGUGGAAAGCAAUUUGUUUGUUUCUGUUAGAUUAUUUCAAAGUUGGUAUUAUUAUUAUUAGGUGAUUUUAUAACUGGGUAUCUCAGUUGAAUCAACGAAUCUCUGUAAAUUCGGUCCCAUGGGAAAAGUGCAAACUUACAGUUAAGCAAUAAAGUUGGUCUAAGUCUUAAAGAACCAGUUCAGUUAAAUAUACAACCAGUCAUAGGUAGGCAAAGUUAAGGAAUUCAGAUAUUAUUAGCCUUUGGGUAGAUGGUCCUUUUUGUUAUAAAUUUAUGGAAGAAGAUGAAAAAUAUACAAAACAAAAGAUCUUGUUGAUAAAUUCUGCACCAGAUGCUUACACAACUGUUCAUGGUGGCACCUUAUUGCUGAAGUUACUGUAAAUCAUUGAGUAUAGUGAGCACUAUUUCCCCCAAGAAUUCUUAUGACUAAAAUGCCUGUGUCUUAUAUACAGUAUUAGGCUUUUAACGUUGUUUUUUCCAUUUCAAGCCAAAUAUGGUUGUUUACAUUUCACUUCAAAGGGAUGCUAUUCACAUUGAUUGAUGUAUUAAGUUAUAACGUCAAAACAAGUAUGGUGUUUUUUUUGCCUGCGUCCUAUAUACAAUAGCUCCCUAUACACAAUGGUUUUCAGUUAACACACAGAGAGAAUGUAAUAAUGUUGUUAAUGUUUCUUUUCUAUGUGACGGUUGUUUUUGAUUAAAAUGGCGUUAUUGUUGAUCUAUUGGAUUUUAUUUAUUAUCAUGUACAGGAUAUUUAUUUAUUCCUCUUAAUGCUAACAUUCCAUAACUUCUGAGUAACUCAUCCCCUGUAUAUAAAAACCAUUGGAACCUUCCUGUCAAUUGGCCUAUUAUAUGAUGACUUUUUGCAUCUAUUUAACUUAGGAAGCAAUGCUCUUUAUAGAUCUGUAUAUAUGUUUUAGUCGUUAAAGUGUGGUCAUUUUAGAUAAUGUUUAUUUGAAUUUGAAGGAAAUAGAACCUUUUAGUUAAUCUGAAAAUAACUUACUUUACUACUAAAUUAGUUAAGGUAAGCCCGCAAUCAUUAAUACAAAAAUGUACUACUUGUAAAGUUUCAUUUUAAAGUUACAAAAUAAUAAAGUUAUAAUAGUUUUCACUGAGAACGUUUUUAUUUAUUUAGACAUUAUGUUAUCGAAGAAAAUAAAUAAAAUUGCUAUGUAAUAAUAGUAAUAUUUUAUUUCAUUAUUUCCAUAUAAUAUAUCAUAAGAGUGUCAUCAUUAUGGGGUUAUACAAAAAUGUAAUUCAUGCAAAAUUAAUUUUAUGUUUAAUCAAUAUAAAUUAAACUUAAAAAUAAUCUUGAUGUUAAUAUCUAUAAUGCACCAACACACCUAUGCAUCCUGAUGAUGGAUGGCUUACCCUAAGUUAUGUUAUUUUGUUAUGUGCUUGUUAACAAGAGAGCUCCAUUUACAUCAAUACCUCAAGGUUCUGUUUUAAUAAAGAUCGUAGUCAAUUUUAGUCAUAAAAUAAAACAUCUUAGUGUAAUAUUCUGUUAUUUUUCUACAUAUUUCAGUGGACUGAACUUGCCGCUAUUAAAAAUGAACACAAUUGAGGAAAUAAAAAAAUAAUUGAUCACCAUUUGUGACGCCUGAGAUUAUUGAAGUCACGACAAAAAUAUUUUAUUAAAAUAAACCAUAGGGCCGGGUAUAAAUAAAGGCUCUUAGACUUAGUAGGAAUGUCAUAGUUGGCAAGAAGUCUUUUUUCGUUUCUAUAAGCUGCAUUCUCACAGAUUGACCAUUUUAACAACUUUUUUUUUUUGUCUUGGAAAGAGGUAUUUUUUCGCGUAAAUAUCUGCAAACCAAUGAUAUAAGAUUGCUGACAAAAAUUCAGAUUGUAGAUUUUUAUAUUUCUGUUCGAAAAUUAAUGCUUUAUGGCUUAAACCGUUACUAUAGGUUUAAGAAAAAUGCAUAAAAUAUCAAUUUUUAACUUAAAUAUAAAAAUCUGCGAUCUGAUUCUUUGUCAGCAGUCUUUUAUAACUGGUUUCCAUGGAUUUUUGCAAAAAAUGGCUCGUUCCAAGACAACAAAAAAAAAAUGUCAAAACGUUCAAUCUGUGAGAGUGCAGCUUUAAACAGUUACUGUGCUUUCAAAUUAAGCUCUGACUCAAGUUAAAUUUUGAUGAUUGUAAGAUAAUUUCCUUUUACAACUUAGAUCUUUAGUGAAACAGGUCCCAGAUGAAUAAUUACUAUGACAGGUACAUCUUGCUGUAAAUAUUGCACUUGAAUAUUAAGUUUAGAAUUUAUCCGAUUCUCCGAUGUCUUUGAAUUGGUAGAUUUAUCUAUUUUACAUUUAUGUUGAGGAAAAAAUGAAGGUACUUAAUUCAUCAGAAAACACUUUACAAACAAACUUAUGACUAUAAAUAGAUAGACCUCCCGAGAACUUUUCUUUUCAACACAAUGUACCUCAAACUACCAUUAUUAUAUUCUUUUCCAUUUUGAUUUAAUUUAAAGUGUUUGUUUGUAAAUGAUAAAAAGUUAUUCAUUUUAAUUUAUUGUUUUUGAUGGCCUUGUUUUGAGAAGUUUUCUUGUUGCAUGUACAUGUAUUCAGCUCAUUAAUUUUUGUCUUAACAAAACCCAAUGAAGUUUCAAAAAUGAUACACAUGAAGAUAUAAAGAUUGUACAAAAUAUUAUAAAAUUCAUUCUGACAUUUAUAAAUCAUGACUAUUAUUAUUUAUUAUUAUGGUAAUUUAUUACUGCAGCUGUUUAUCUGUUUGCCAAACUUUGAUAGUUCAAAACAGUGAAACGGGGUUUUGAAUUUGCUUUGAGAAAAAGUUGAACUAAUUAUUUGUAUAUCAUUAUACUGUUAUACUGUAGAAAUACUUAGAGCCCAUAGUUUGUAGUUAAGUAGACUGACCACUAAGUGACAAAUCUCUGUGUCUGUGUUGUUUUUUUAUGUGUAAAGUGCUUAUUUUAUUUCCAUGUUAAAACCAGUAAUGUAAUAUUCCAGCUCUGCAAUAAUUUUAACUAAGAUUAAAGCUCACAGUCUUUUCAUCUCGUACAAAUUUUGGUUUAUUUCUUCAUGAAAGAGAAGGAUGUUUGCAACAACUGAUUUUUGAUUUGUUUACUGGUACUUAAUUCAUACGGUUGUGUUGAAAAAACCUGCUCCAACUCCUUUGAAGUAUUUUGAUAUUUUACUGUAUGAACAAAUGAAAUAUUUUGUAAGUAUGAAAUGUUUGUCUUUUGCUCAUCUAUUUUUCAAAGGAAAAAGUCGAGGUAUUGUCAUAGUCUGGGUGUUGUUGUCGGUGACGUCGGCGUUGUUGUCUUGCCGGAAAUCUAAUCUUGGUCAUAACGUGAAAAUGAUUCUAUAAAUUCAUAUGAAACUUGGUAUACAUGUUACUUGAGGGUAAUUCUCAUGUAUGUAGCCAGGCCCAUAACUCUGGCAUUAAUAACUAUGGGGUUGUGCCUUUUUCAAUUAAAAAAAACAACAGGCGAGCAUUAUUGUUCACUCCGCGGCACUCUUGUUAUUACAUACAGCUGUCUGCUCAGUUAAAUACAAUAAAUAAUGUUUCCGCUGUUGCAAAGAAUUGAUUCUUUAAGUUGAAAUUUUACCAUGCAAUAUUUGAAAUCCUCUGGCCCCAAUUUCUCGAAACUUCUUAAGUCCCUUAUAACAGGAUUAAGCUAAACUCACUAUUUUUGUUGUUCUAUAAUAUGCGUUAUAUUUACUUCUUUAAGAGUUUUUAGAAAUUAUACAAGAAAAAUCUGUAUGCUAAUUAGAAGAAACCCUUUUUCAUUUAUCAAAAUCCAUUAUGAGUAUGUUUUAUGGCUAAUUGAAAUAAGCGACUUAAGCCUGUUAAGCUUAAGAAGUUUCGAGAAACGGGGGCCUGGACUGUUGAAAUUUGUAACUAAAGCAUGUUCUGAAUGUCGGGAAGUCUUGUCAGUUCUAGUAAUAAUUUUGAUUGUGAUAAACUUAUGGGAAAGAGCAUGAACUUUUUCAAGUUAAUGAAAUAAUCUCAAAAUAAUUUUGAUUUUUUUUGUUUGUAAUAUGCUUGGUGCAAAUAUCCAAGUUAGAGGAAUGAUUUCAAAACAUUGAUUUUUUAUUCAAUAAGUUAGUCUUACAGAAACAUUCUAGUUCGAGGAAUGAUUUCAAAACAUUGAUUUUUUAUUCAAUAAGUUAGUCUUACAGAAACAUUCUAGUUCGAGGAAUGAUUUCAAAACAUUGAUUUUUUAUUCAAUAAGUUAGUCCUACAGAAACAUUCUGGUUUUCCUUGUAAGAAUUUCUGAUGUACAAUCAGCCUUUGAAAUUGGUGGGUGGGGUAUAGUGGAUUUUUUGAAACAGUGGCAAACUUUGUAAUAUGUAUAAUACGUUUUUAAUCAGUACUAACUCUUGUUAGACUGAGUCUAACAAUUCAGUGUAUUGUAAUAAUUUAUUGAGGCUGGCCUUGUUUCCUUGUAUCUUUGCUCAUUCUAUAUAUAUACUAUCUCACUGAAUUUGUGAGAAAAAAUGUCUUUUUUAUUUUGUUUUUUCUUUUUAUUCAUUUUUCAUUUACUUUUUCAAAAUUAUUUGUUAUUUGGACUCACAAGUUUAUAAAUGAAAACCCAUGGUUUUGCAAACAUUAGACAUGUUUUAAAGGCUUAAUACAAUAAUUUAUCAUACAAUUGUACAUAAAUCUAAAUUAAUUUAAUUCUGCUGAUGCAUUGGUUAGAAAGACUCAAUUUUUAGUUAGUGUGUUUUUUGAGGGAAUGUCAUAGCCUUUGUGUUGUUGGUGAAAAAAACAGAAGCAAGUGAAAAACUUCUGUGUUUGUCAUAACUCAAAAAACUAUCAAAUAUAUUAAUUGAACUAUGUGAAUAUGCAUAUCAACAUAUAGCAAGUCCCAUAAUUCCGGCUAAUUAGAAGAGUGAUGACCCUUGAUUGAAAAAAACAGAGCAGCGUUGGCAUCCACUGGUGGUACUUUUGUUGUUAUAUUUUUAUUCAAAACCAUACAAGUCUGCUGAUACUAUGGUGGCAUAGUUGCACCAUAUUAAUAGUAUUGUGAAGUGAUAAUACUAUUGAUUGUUAUAAUUUCGCAAUGGUUAAAGGUUUGAAUAAAAUUGCUAAUUGAUGAAGUCACAAAAUUUAAAAUUUAGAGCAAUAUUAAUUAACUGAUAUUUUCUAAACUGAAUAUUUGAAAUAAUUACAUCUUGCAUUUUGAAUCUUGAAUAACUUGGAAAAACGUGAAAAAUGAGGACCUCUGAAAUGAAGACAAUCUGCUGUAUAUUGAUUCUGACAUUUUGAGCUACAUUAUUCAUUCAAUAUGUUAGCUUGUAGCCGGUUGUUAUUGUAUAGUGCAAAUAUUUUUGUAUUCUAACUGACUCGUUAUCCAUUCCUUCAGGUAUAUACAUUGUUUUUUUGACACAGGAAUCAUUUAUUGAUACGAAAACCAUCUGCUGCUUUAUUUGCAAAUAUAAUUGGCUUUUUAUGCAGUUUGUGAACCAUUUUCGUUUUGAAUAGAACACACUUUAUUUGUGUGACUAAAAUGUCAUCAUAAUAAGACACUGUCCCUGUGUCGCAUACAAAUUGUGCUGAAAAUGAAUGAUGGGCCGAUUGUUCAGAACUUUGUUAAAUUUAACAACAUGGUUUACGACAUUGUUGUUCACUUUAAACAUAAAAUAUUUGAUGAUGUACUACCAUAUUCAAAUAAAGCCAAUAUAUUUAAAACAGUUGUCUCAAAUAUUAAGAACAGAGCAGAUCAUGAGUGUAUCUUCUCAACUUCAAGAGAAGCAAGAUUUGAAUGUUAACAAUGAUGAAGAUAACAAAAUUGUUAACUUCAACCAAGAUCUUAACAAUUGGCUCAAUGUAGAAUAUUUUUUUCAGUGAAUUUGUUCACUGGCAUUAAGUUUAAAAUUAUUGGAUAUCUCAAAUUCAAUAUUUCUUUUACCUUAUUAAGAAAAUUUACCUUAAAAAGUUUGAUCAUUUGAAGAAAAUGUUUUGUCUUUCACACUGACCAAAAAGAAAGUGAGAAAAAAGCAAUAGAAUUUGAUGAUGUUUUUUUUUGCUCUCUUGUACUUACCCAUGAAUAUCAUUCUUAUAUCAUUUUGAUGUUUACGUCAUGCACAUAACAUGUCAGGAUAGGGUUAAUGAUUCUCCCAUUUAUACAUUAUAUACAUAUUAUGUUCCGUCCAGGAAUUGACAUGCACCAACCCUUUUGUUGAGUUUCAAUGAAUCUUUUAUUUAUAUGAUAUAUGAAUUGAAAUAAAGACUUUUUUCCAUGGUG